CAAACUGUUCCGGGACGACGAGCGGGCCCUGGCCCAGGAGCAGGGACAGCACCUCAUCCCCUGGAUGGGGGACCCCAAGAUCCUCAUCGACAGGUCGGUUCCUCCCCCGCCCGCCGCGUCUCCCCUCCCUCGCCCGCUUGAUUUCGCCUGAUGUUGACUCGGUGGCCGGGACCGGACCGGGGUCGUGCGGAGCCGCGGGGCGCGUGCGGGGAGGGGACGGUGAAGCCCGCCCGGAGGCUCUGCGGGAGCGCCUCGCCGGGCCGGGGAGCCGGGGCGCGUUGCUCCUGAAACCUGUUUGGGACCCGAAGUCAGCCUGAACCGUUCCUGGCGCGGCGCCCCUGGCCGGCAGGACCCCGACGCCCGAGCCCCUCGCGCGGGAGGGUCGCGGCGAAGUCGGCUGGAGGCGGCCCCUGGCCCGCGGGGUCGCGAUCUUGGGGCCGGUUUCACUGUCUCCGGCAGCCGAGGGGUGGAGUUGGACUCCCAGUGCUUUGUCUCCUCUCAAAUCACGCCCGUGUUAGGCGAUCCCUCCCGGGGCUUGAGCGAUCGUGGGUUCGGGCAGAAGGGCCGGGAUUGGGAUUCCUAAAGGUGCUUGAUUUGAAGAGGAUGACUACGUGGUGUAGGUUGUUUGCUCCCCCUCUUACUUUCUCAGGCCCCCUUUCCUCCUCCUCCCCACCGAGGUUUGGGAUUUGUUGCCAGUUGGGCAGCACUGCUUCUGGGGCCCGGACCGAAAGGCUGACAGUGACCGGCCGUUAAGCUGCGGCGUAGUCUCCGAGGGGAGGAGGCCCGUCGCUUGGGACGAUUAGAACUGGAUUCUGCAGAGCCCCGGAACGUGACUGUAGGGAUGACCUCUGGGCUGGCCAGAAUGGACUCAUUAAUGGCCAAGCAGGCCUUUGCCAUCCCUCAUGUUUCCACCUGAAGGUGGAUCUAGGAAGCAAAGACUCCUGGAGGGAGGGGAACCGAGCAGAUCAGCUCUGGACCCAGUGGCUUCGGCUCUGCCCAAGUGCUGAGCCUUGAACUUCCAUGGUUAUUGCAAAUAAUGUUGCCUCAGUUACCGGCUUGCUUUCCAAAGUGUGUCUUGUGACAUGUAUCACUAAGCUCGGCUCUUGAUACAGUUUCCGUAUCAUUCUGUACAUGAUUUGAGUUAGGUCUCCCAAAUCUGGUGGGGAGCAAACCCUACACAUGUAAUAUUUUUUAGUAAUAAUCUACAUUUGUAAGUUAAGGAGGUUUACGUCAAAGUAAAACUAAUUUUUAAAUUUAAUAAAAUUCAGUGCUUGGGUUCCUUGGGAUUUAUGGACUUUUUUUCUGUUUAAUUGAUUCCUAUUUCAAAAGUCAGUGCUAAUAAAUGAAGCAGACUUUUGUCACUUUACAUGUGCUUUUGCAACUCAAAAUCUGAGUGUUUUUCUUAAAAAUUCAAAGAUUCAUUUAUUAUCUGAUAGUUAUGUAUCGUCAACAUCUUCACUGAAUCUUUCGUGUUGAAACGUAGCAAGCAGAAAGUGUUCUCAUUCUCAGUUUGGUACUUACUGUUCAUGCAAGAAAAACAUGGAUUCGUUUUCACUUAUUUUGUUUCCUGGGGUAUGAAGUCUAGAGGGAACACUUAUUUUGUUUCCUGGGGUAUGAAGUGUAGAGGGAAGUACUGACACUGCAUCUUCUAGCGGUGUUGCCCGUCGUGAACCUCCUUAAACUGCAUGUAUAUGUGACUGUUCCUAUGUAUGUGUGUCUCUCUACCACAUAACCCAGCACUUCUUUCCUCAGCCAAGUGGCUAGGGGGCGAGCCUAGCCAAGAUUUUACCUCCAAUGGACGCAAGUGUCUUUGAUGAAGAUCUCUCCUGAGCGUUCGGGACUAGCAGAAAGAAGCGAGGAAAUUUCGACCGUUUGGUUCUUACGGAUAGGUAUUUAUGUAUUUGGUUUGUGUGAAUAUAAGCUAUAAUAUUUAACUCUUCAGAAAAAGUUUGUUUUUUUUUUGUUUCUUAUUUUUUUUUGCAAGUGGCAUUGAAUGGUUGACCCAACCAUACACGGUAAGAUCUGCUAGUGAGGCGGAUGCCGUUUAUGACAAAAGGACUGUCCGUCUUAGUUAUUAGCCUUAAAGCACUAUGGAACACAGUUCAGACUUUGUAAAGAUAACGUGAGUUUAAAAGUAGGUGAGAAGUGACUAGCCACAUUAAAUAUAAAUCGGAAGAGUUUGACAUUUGUUUUAAUACUUUUAUUUCAUUAUUUUAAUUGGUAAGUAUAUACCUAGUCUGUCACAGGCAACCAGCCCAGGCGUUGACUUCUGUCUGCUGACCAGCAUAUUCGCAUUACAGAUAUGAUGGGCGCGGUCACCUGCAUGACCUCUCUGCGUAUGAUGCUGAGUAUGCCACUUGGAACAGAGACUACCAGCUGUCGGAAGAGGAGGCGCGGGUAGAGGCGCUGUGUGAUGAAGAGAGAGGAAGAGUACAAGCGAUUGAGUGAAGCCCUGGCAGAAGAUGGUAACUACAGCGCUGUCGGGUUCACUUACGGCAGCGACUACUAUGACCCGUCAGAGCCCACGGAGGAGGAAGAGCCUUCCAAACAGAGAGAAAAAAAUGAGGCUGAACAUUUGGAAGAAAAUGAAGAGCCUUUCAUAGCCCCAUUAGGACUGAACGUCCCCCCGGAUGUGGAGCUGCCACCCACUGCCAAGAUGCAUGCCAUCAUCGAGCGCACGGCCAACUUUGUGUGCAAGCAGGGAGCGCAGUUUGAAAUAAUGCUGAAAGCCAAGCAGGCCCGGAACUCUCAGUUUGACUUCCUUCGCUUCGAUCACUACCUCAACCCCUACUACAAGUUCAUCCAGAAGGCUAUGAAGGAAGGACGGUAUACAGUGUUGGCCGAAAACAAGAACGAGGAGAAAAAAAAGUCAGGGACAAACUCUGACAACGAGGAUGAGGAUGAGGAGGAAGAUGGGAGUUACCUGCACCCAUCUCUCUUUGCCUCUAAGAAGAGCAGCCGCCUUGAAGAGCUCAUGAAGCCCUUGAAGGUGGUGGAUCCAGAUCACCCCUUGGCAGCCCUGGUGCGUAAAGCACAAGCUGACAGCUCUGCCCCGACCCCACACACUGCAGACGGCGCACCCACACAGCCGUCCCAGGUGGACUACACGACAGACUCACCUGUGGCAGCCAUGUACUACAGCUACUACAUGCUGCCCGACGGCACCUACUGCCUGGCACCGCCACCCCCGGGGAUCAAUGUGGCCACGUACUACAGCACGCUGCCUGCUGGGGUGACUGUGUCCAGCUCUCCUGGAGUGACGACCACGGCACCACCACCUCCCGGGACCACACCACCACCGCCCCCAACCACCGCUGAGACGAGCAGCGGGGCGACCUCCACCACCACCACCACAAGUGCACUUGCUCCCGUGGCUGCCGUCAUCCCCCCACCGCCUGACAUUCAGCCUGUGAUCGACAAGCUGGCGGAGUACGUCGCUCGGAAUGGCCUUAAAUUUGAGACCAGUGUUCGUGCCAAGAAUGAUCAGAGGUUUGAGUUCCUGCAGCCGUGGCACCAGUAUAAUGCCUACUAUGAGUUUAAAAAGCAGUUCUUCCUCCAGAAGGAAGGGGGUGACAGCACACAGCCUGUGUCUACACCAGAAGAGGCCCCGGCGGAAGCUGCUCCAGAGAAGCCCAGUGAUACCGGGGAGGACAGUGUCCCUGAGGAUGCCCCUGAGGUGGGGGGCAGAGGUGGCCCCAGUGGAAAGAAGGAGGCGGCAUCCAGUAAGGGUGCAGUGGACGGGAAGCUGGUGAAAGCUUCAUUUGCUCCAAUAAGCUUUGCAAUCAAGGCCAAAGAAAAUGAUCUCCUUCCCCUGGAAAAAAACCGAGUUAAGCUAGAUGAUGACAGUGAUGAUGAUGAAGAAAGCAAAGAGGGCCAAGAAAGCUCUAGUAGUGCUGCCAACACUAGCCCAGCUGUGGCCCCGCCCUGUGCAGUUGUCGAGGAAAAGAAGCCCCAACUUACCCAGGAGGAGCUAGAAGCAAAGCAAGCGAAACAGAAGCUGGAGGACCGCCUUGCGGCUGCUGCUCGCGAAAAACUUGCCCAGGCGUCCAAGGAGUCAAAGGAAAAGCAACUUCAGGCAGAACGCAAAAGAAAAGCGGCUUUAUUUUUACAAACCUUAAAAAAUCCUGUUCCUGAGGCAGAAGUUGGAAAAAUUGAGGAGAGCGCUUUCAGUGUAGAGGAAGCCAGUGCUGCACCCUGUCCACUACUGACCGGAAGCAGACCCUUGCCCACUUCAGAAGUAAAGCCACAAGAAAGGCCUUCAAGCAAAAGCAGAGACCCACCGAGGGAAGAAGAAAAAGAGAAGAAGAAAAAGAAGCACAAAAAACGGUCUCGGACUAGAUCCCGCUCUCCCAAGUAUCAUUCAUCGUCAAAGUCCAGAUCCAGGUCCCACACAAAAGCAAAGCACUCGCUUCCCAGUGCCUACCGGACAGUGCGGCGGUCAAGAUCCCGCUCCCGGUCCCCUCGGAGGAGAGCUCACUCCCCUGAGAGACGGCGGGAAGAAAGAAGUGUGCCCACUGCCUACCGGAUGAGCAGUAGCCCCGGGGCCAGUAGGAAGCGAGCCCGCUCCAGAAGCCCCCACGAGAAGAAGAAGAAGAGGCGGUCGCAGUCCCGGACCAAGGCCAAGGCCCGGUCUCAGUCCGCGUCCCCCAGCAAGCAGGCAGCACACCGGCCAGCAGCGCCCUCGGCCCAUUCGGCCAGCAUCUCUCCUGUGGAGAGCCGGGGCUCCAGCCAGGAGCGCUCCAGGGGAGUUUCUCAGGAAAAAGAAGGUCAGAUCUCUUCGGCAAUCGUUUCCUCCGUGCAGAGCAAAAUCACUCAGGACCUCAUGGCCAAAGUCAGAGCAAUGCUCGCAGCUUCCAAAAACCUGCAGACCAGCGCCUCCUGAGAUCAGGCUGGGGCCCAGCAGCCUCCUCGAGCACCCAUCAGACCCCCUGGGCUGGGGUGGCUUUUGUAAAUUAGUUUUUGAUGAUAUUUGCAGUUUCAGAUUUUUGACCAGCAGUCUCUCUCUUACCUGUAUAUUUGUAAAUAAUAUCAUGUUUCUGUGAAAAUGUAUUACCGAAUAAAAUGAGAGGAACCUUUUCUAGCUAGUA